GCAAUGGCGGUACGGUGAUGGCGGAUGGCGCGGGCGCGGUCGCGGAGGGGGCGGGCGAGUCCGCGGCGCGCGGCGCUGCGCUGGAGCGGGCGUAUGUUCACGACGUGUACGAACAAGCGGGAGACGAUGGCGACGAGAGCUCGCGAGCGCCCGCGCCAGGCGUGCAGGCCUUUCUGUCCGAGCUGGAGCCGGGCAGCCUGGUUUGUGAUGUCGGUUGCGGCAAUGGCAAAUACCUGAGCGUCAAUCCGUCCGUGUACACAGUAGGAGGGGACCGCUGUACCCGGCUCACUGCGCAGGCGCGCCAGCACAAUAAUGAGGUGGUCGCAUGUGACAACCUAUGCCUGCCGUUUCGCGAUGAGUCCUUCGACGCGGUUCUGUCCAUCGCCGUCGUGCACCACUUUGCGACGGUGGAGCGGCGGGCCAUGGCUCUCCGAGAACUGGCCCGAGUCACCAGGAUAGGCGGCCGGCUACUCCUCACUGUUUGGGCCAUGGAACAUGAGGGACGGAACUUUCAUUCACAGGAUGUAUUGAUCCCAUGGCAUCGACCAGUCACACUGUGCCCACCAACACCGGCUCCAAGGUUCCUUUCAGUUGACCACGACCACAAUGCUGAACCUUGGAAAAGCCGAGAUGGUUCCCCAGGAUCGUCAUCCCUAUCAUCACCCAACGAAACCUGUUACUCAUUUGUGAGAAGAGCACUCCAGCGGCUAGCGGGACGGAGGUCCUUUCUACCUUCGUGGAGUAUCGGAGCUCGGGUACCGCAGAGACCUUGUUUACGACCUGAACCACCCGCCGCUGAUCUACCUAUAGAAUUACGACGCUUAGAUGAAGCUCUCCCACCGAGAUUAAUAACACAGGCUUCUGACGCAUCAACUAUUAAGUCACGAAGUUUAACAGACAUUGCUGACGUGGAAAGGCGAGCGCUAGUCCGAUCACGAUCAAGUCUACCUAGUCUAGGUGGCGAUGAGCCUGAGCCACCCCCACCCAGUCAAGUUACAAUACCAGAAAUAAAUGAGCCUCGAAAGAAACCUCGACUUGUAAAACAAAAGAAGUCGAUCAACGAAGAUGACGCAGAAGAAGAUCUCGAUAAACCAACAGAUAUGAAGAGCAUGGUAGAAGAAAUGCCAAACUUUAAAAUACACACUCCUCGGUUACAGUCAAGUAAAAAACCAGGGGUAUUCAAACAAACGUCGCUUAAUGAGGAAUUGAUGUCUGUUGAGAGAUUAAGAGAAAAGGAAAGAUUAAGAAAAAAUAUACAAAAACAAGCUUCAUUGAACGAGGAAUACCUUUAUCGCCGACCAGGGGUUUUAGACUCUAUUCGGGACUCAAUAUUUUCUACUUCCGCAACCACUGGCAAGAAGUUCCAAUCAUUGAAAAACGGCCUCACUAGUAAGUUCAAAACGUCUACAACGAAUAUAGAUAAAGUAACCGUGUUCGUGAGAAUGCUCCAGGGAUGGAAAAGUCACGGACCGGCACCAGAAGUUCCUACGCCGAGCGACAAUAAUCCCGGAACAGAAAAAACUCAACCUGAAAGAAGACAUUCUAAGGAAGACGGAUCCGAUUCCUCCAAAGACAGUAGCCUUCAAAGUGACACUAGUGUGGACUCCGAAGACAGUUUUGCAUCUGUGAUAUACGUUCCAAAAGCUGACGGAUCUAGCGACCCUCUCUCGCCAACGCCUCUAUCACCUGGACCUACUUCACCUAGGUUAAAGGUAUCUUCGGUUCCCACGUCACCUAGAAUGAAAAGUUCUCCAGGUCUGCCAUCACCAAGGAUCAAACAAGCCUUUCCUUUAAUAAGGCCACCAGCCUCACCAAAUUCAGUUCAAGCACCAACAACUGUGAAUAAAAUCUUGGUAGCUCAAUACAGCCUAAAGAACUACUCAACUACUACUUCGGUCGCAACGGUUCCAUUAAAACCUCAAUCGAAAAGUCAGCCUAACUCUCCGCCUAAAUCCGAGUCUGAUGACACAAGCGUUAAUAAACCAGAACCUCUUUCUAUCAUAAAUAACAAUGUAUCCAUUGAUGUAUUCGAAGAAGUGGACCCUAUACCACCGAUAAAAGAAGAAGAAGAAACUCCAACAAGCGAUGUCACUAAAGAAUUACUUGCGGAAAUAAACAAAGACAUUGAAGAAAUACAUAAACUAACGGCUGAAACUAACAAAUAUCAACCGCGUGUUGUUCUUCAAGAUGUCAAGCCUUAUCCAAAAAUAACAUUACAAACUGUAGCAGAACUGCCAGAAAUACCACAAUUUAAGCCAAAAGAGUCAAAUAAAUCAUCAACUGACACUUUGGAUUCUAGAUCUGCAGAUCGGAAGCGAAAAGAAAGAAUACGGCAGAUUAAAGAAAUGUUAAACAAAGGUAUUCCGUCUGGUAGUAUAAGCAGAAGGCCACCGUUUCCUCUGGUUCGAGGAUCGAAGAAUACAGAACCGAUCGUUAAAAGCCGGCCCACUCUUAUAUCCCUGGAGUUAUUUAACCCAGCAACCGAUGACAUGGACAGCGACUCAAGUGGUGUUUCAUCACCAGAUUCAGUGGACAGCGUCAUAAGCGUCGUCCCUGAGGAACUUCGAAAAACUGCUAUUGAAAAAGAUCUUAUUAAUCCACCAACAUCCGAGUCGAAAAAGGAGGAACCAGUAACAGAAAAAGCUCCUUCACUAGCAACCUUCGGUCCACAAACUCUCAUUGAAGCUGCUGCAGAAGUUGCACAUUCUCUGGAUGAAACUUGCGAAACAGUCAUUCAAAGUAGCCCGAGAUCCAAAAGAAAACAACUGGAAAAGCUCGAAAGUGCGGAAGCCAUGGCUAUCGUACAGGGAACAUCAAGUAGUAGCAGUAGUAGCAACUGGAGCCUCAAUAAACUAUCGCCUGGAGAUUUACGGAUAUUAGAAUCAAGAUCCCAAUCUCAUACCAGCUCCAGUGGAAGCUCAUCAAGUCUAGAACGACUUUCGCCUGGGAGAAGAUCAAAAGACCGCUCUCCAAAGCUGGGUAGUACAAGUAACUCUACCUGGAGUUUAAACAGACUAUCUCCAAACAGACCCGAAGGGCGCUCAUUGGAUGAAAACAUCGGCAAAACUCACCGGAGCCCAACAAGAUUACCAUAUGAUUCGAUUUCAAUUUCUAGUACAGAUUCUGAUAAAUCAAUUUCUAAAUCAGAAAGCUUUAACAGGAUACAAAACGAGCCCCUUAUUACGUGCAAAUCAGACAUGAUAGCUACUGAAGAAGAAUGGCCGGAACAAGAUAGAAGUCAGCAUUUAACUGAAUUUGCAGAGAAGCUAAGUGAAAAGCUUCUGCAAGAAAUUGACCAAUACUCAAAGCGAAUCAAUGAAGAAGAUUUCGACUUACCGAGUAGCAGCAGCAGCGAAAAGAGUAUAUCACUUAGGCUGAAACGAGAAGAGGAAGAUAGAAAUACACAGAAAAUCUUAGAUGAACUAUCAGAUAGUUUACAGCACCUAGAAGAUCCAUACAUUCAUAAAAUAAGCACUGAGAUGCAAGGCCUUAAUAAACUGAGUGCAGAAAUCCAGGAAAGAAACAAAUAUAUUGCAUCUUUAAACGACGUCCAAGAAACUGAUAUUAGCAAAUUAUUUCCGAAAUGUAUGUCAAAGACGAAAAGCAAGAAGCGAUCAAAGGACGUCGAUCCGAUUAUAAAUAAAUACAGGGAAUUAAAGAAAUCGAUGAAAGUUUCCAGUGAAGAGGAUAUAUUCCUCAAUAAUUGUGCCAAUAUCCAAUACACAGCAAAACCAAUUACAACAGAUAAAAUAACUGACAUCGAUACCAAAAAUCCAGAUGACGACAGUGCUAUCUCGUCAAGUAACGGCAAUCCUGAAAUUACAAUCGACUCUGGUGCAUCAUAUGACACAAGUCAAUCGCUCGAAACGGGAUACUCUCUAGAGUCCGAAAUCAGUGUAGAUUCAUUAUGCACUAGCACAGAUAAAAGAUCAUCUCUAAAAGUCGGACAGUCUACAGACUCGAGCGAUUUGGACAAAAUGGAAAUAAGUCCUGAAUCCGUCACAUCACGUUCCAGUGCCAGCACAGCUCCAUUAAAAUCUGGUUUCUCGAUCGAGUCGAGUGAUACAUCAGCUGGUAGUGACUGGAGCCGGCGAGAUAAGACUGGAAGCACGGCAUCGCUCGGCUGCGCUAGCCUUGCGUCCUUACCUUCAUACAGCGAAUGCUCCAAAGAGCGGAAACUUUUGGAGACGCGCUCUUCAUCUGAAGACACGGCGCCUGUUCCGGUUAUUCCACCGCCUCGCGCCUUCCCACAUGCGCCGCUGCUACCUUCCUUGAGUGACGGAUCCGACAGCUUACCUUCCGAGGGAGGUGCUGUCACAUACCACCGGUAUUAUCAUGUUUUCAAGCGAGGAGAACUCGACCAGCUGAUCGAGAAGUACGUGGAAAGCUUACACGUGGUGUCCUCGUACUACGACCAGGCCAGCUGGUGUGUUAUAGCAGAAAAAGUUCAAGUAUGGACCAUUUAAUGGACUUAUAGUGUACUCACUCUUUGUCUAAUGGCUGAUACAAGGUUUCGUUGCUGGUAUAUUUAGGGGCUGAUGAUAAUUAUUAUUCUGGUUCAUAUUAUAAUCUUAUGAAAUAGUGAAGAUUGUGACCAUAAAAUUAUGAACAUAGGACACUAAUAAGUGCAGUGUUUACAUCCAAGUGACCUUCAUAACAAACUCGUAAGUGAGUGUUAAGGACAUUUACUCGUGAAAUGCGGUUCUUACAAAAAGUGUUAACUAUGCGAAAAUGCCAAAAGCAUAGCUUUUGUUUUUUAAUAAUAUAUUCUAGUCACUCUAUAAAAGUUUACUAGUUGUUAUUUCUAAUAUAAUCUUAACAAUUUUGUUGCCCAUUGCGGAACGUAGCUUAACGGGAGUUAUGUGUGUGACUGUGUGGGUGUCACAUUACUUGUAUGUUUGCCUGUAUUGACCUGCAGUAAUGUGUUCAUAUUAUACGAACAGUUCCCACAAAUAACUUCAAGUUAAAACUACGUUUAGCACAACGGGCAUUAGUAUUCGAUGCGAUAAUAGAAUUCGCAUGAAUGAAAACUAAGAGCUUUAAAUAGUGAAAAAUUAAAUAUAAUAUAUUAUAUACUUCAGUGGCUCAAUAUUAUAUAAGCUAUUCAUAGCUUAUUUACUCUGACGUUCAUGUAUACCUACAGAAAUUGUAACGUUAUUCUCCCAUACUUAUAGGUAUAAUGAAUUUAGACCAUACUCCAAGACCAAAAUAAUUAGGUACAAUGAAAAUAUUCAGAUUAAUUAUAAUCGUUCUAUGACAAUAACCGAACUGUAGUAAUGGCGUCUUACAAAUUUCUAUUUAGUUUUCCGACACAUCACACUUUAUUUCCCACUAAUAUUUCGGUUUUGGAUUAUGGUUAAACUUUUUUUAUUUAAAAAUAUUAUCGUAUAAAUAAUCUGGUGUUAUAAAAUUGUACUUUUUCUUUACAGUAUUAAUUGUAACGAGCUGGCCUCUCAUAUAACUUGUAUAAUCAUGUAUGGGUCCACCGUACGUUCUUGCCACCUAUAUCGCGUUUUUACAUUUCAUACUAAAUUUGGACCAUUUAGUAAAAUUAGAGGUUUUAGUCGUGGUAGUGGCAACCUGAGUCCCCCUCGCCUACUUGAAUAAUACUUGAGAGUACAAAUACAUGCAUAAAUUAUUUGUUCAAUACUCAGUACCAGUAAGUGUACUCUUGAAUUGUACUCUUCCGUUCCCGAUCCUGAAUUUAUUUCUUCAGUGCCUAUUAUUAUGUUAACCUCAGAGAUAAAAAUUUUGAUGAAGGUGUAUCACAUUUUUUUCUAACCACUGAGUUUACAAAAUCUAUCAAAUUAAUUAAAUCAAACUUUAAAAUAUAUAAUUUAUGCUAUUGUCCCAGCUUUAAGUACCUACAUAAUCGUUAAUUGACAUAAGCUAGAUAAAAACGUUAUUUCUCUUUUAUUUUUCUAUUCCAAAGACUAUCUUCCUUUUAAUAAAUUCAUAAUAACAUUUAUUAUAAGUGAAAAUAACGAAUUUUAAAUUUCAUUUUAUCAACGUAUUAGUUAAUAAGUAUUUACAUAGAUAAGUUAAUAAAAUAUAUAUGCACCGUGCAGCUACAGGACAUCAUAAUUACUGUAAUAACUUUCAUAAAAAUAAAUGUAUUUGUUUUUAUUAUCAGAAGAAAUGAGGAAAAAAUUCAAUAGAAGCCAAGCCAUAAGAGUAUCUACCUAUAUCACAAAUAUUUAGGCCACUUUUAAAAGAAAUUCAACAAUACUGAUUACACGAGAAAUGAUUGAACAAUGAUGGCCAUGAUCCACCUGGAACUUUUAUUUUUUACAAAUCGACGAACGAUAUGGCAACAUUGCUUACAUGGUAAAAUUAACGUUGAAAAGUAUUCGGUAUUGAACUGUAAAUAAUCGCUAUAAGUAUAUAAAGCUAUUAGAAAUUAAUUAUGUUAUCAAAAAUCAGUGAGAUUAAAAUUAAUAUUAUAGUUAUAGUAAAUAUAACAAUGAACAGGCGACUGCACGUUUAAUAUUUUCUUUGAUGAAAAUGAAUCUCAACAAAAAUUGAGGAUAGUAUUAAAUGUGUAGAAAAUACGUCGUUGUCAUAUUGUCACUAGAAAUGUACGCAUUAGUUAAAUAAUGGACUGUAGCGGUUAGGAGAUGAUAUACCUAUAUAUAUAUAUACAUAUAUAUUAUAUAUAUAUACAUAUAUAUUAUAUAUAUAAAAUGCACAACCGUUACUGUACCUAUUAAUUUAAUAUCUUUAUGUAAGUCUUCAUUGUAAGUCAGUAUCUGUCGACCACGUGGGUAACAAUUGCAUUUUUAUCAAAUGGUUACUGAAUUAAGUCAAAAUGUUUCUUUUCAUUAGUAAAACAGUAUAUUUUACAUAAAACAUAUGAAAUAUUUAUAUUUUAUUGCCGUUAUUAAUCUUAUAUUGUCAAUUUGUCGAGUAUCCUGAAUCUAUAAAGCAAAGUAAUCGACUGAAUUCAAAGGUCAUUGAGCGUAAAACAAAUUAACUUGUAAAUAUUUUCUAAAUCAGUUGGUCUGAAAACAAUUUAAUAAAAUGCAAUUGUCACCUUACACAACCAAUAAGCACAUUCCAUUAAAAUAAAACAGUCGAUUAUAAUUAAAACAAUUUUAUAUUACUUGUGUAAAAUAAUUUCGAGCAUUAAGUCUGUCCGAUGGACAUUAAAUUGAUUUUAUUCAAAGUUGUGAAGUUUUUGAAGCAUAUCAGUGCUGUUUAAGUAUUUAAGGAAUGUAUAUUAUUUUCCUAUUUUUGUAAAUUAAAUUGCUUGAUACAAUUAUUUGUUAAAUAACGCAGGGUGUCGCUGUCACAUAAAGUGUUGGGAUUUCUAUCAAUUAUUUAACGCAGUUGCACGUAGUCAAAUAUAAUAGAAUUAUUAUGUAGGUACUUUAUUCUCCAUGUGACCAAACUGACACCGAACAAAUAUUAUUCACAUUUGUUAUGUCCCGAGAACCUUCAGUUAUCUUUAUGGAGUAAUAAAUAACAAUGAAUCUGCAUUAUUGUAACUAUAUAGUAAGUGUAUGUACCUAUUCCUUUCCAUUCCUUAUAUUCCGAAUUUUAAUAUCUUGUGUACAUACAUAUUCAUAUAAAAUGUAUUUCAUAUUGGCUUAAUCUGUGAUAUAUAAUAGAAAUUGGCACAAACCCACAUUAUUUGAAAUUAUUUACAAAACGAGGAAAAGUACAUAUACCUAAUACUAAGGAAACAUAUUUUGCUGUUGACUGUUUAAAUUUCAUUUAACCGUUAUUUAUAUAUGUGAUAUUAAUUUUAUGACCGCAUGAUAUUUGGUAGAGAAAUAUUUGUCUGAUUUUUAUCAUUGGCAAGAGAUAAAAAGUAUCUAUAAUACAAAUUAAACAACGCAUAUUGUUAAUAUUUACUUAAAGUAUAUUGAUAGCACAUAGAACAGUAUUGUUUAUACGACGAUAUCAAUUUGUAAAGUACGGGACGCGCUGUUCAAGCGAUGUGUGUUCCGAUGAACUGUCGAAAAUAGUAACCAACUUAACAAACAUACAUCAUCCUCAGUAAGUUUUUGACUGAGAUACCACGACUUUAGUGAAACAGUUUCAAAUGAAAUCGUUACGACGUCACGCAUCAGAAAAUGACUUGAUGUAAAGCCUUUUCACACUUCAGAAAUUGAGCCAACCUAUUCCCCUUUUCAACAGCCAAUACUAUAC